CAUGCAAGAUACAACAUAUUAGAACAAAAUCUCAAGUUACACAUGUUUUUAAAAAAAAUUCUCAAAAUACACACGUUAUGAAAAUAAUUCCCAAUCUACGCAUGUUUGGGCCAUCACCGCUGUCGACGAAGACAGUGAUUGCAUCACCGCUGUCGACGAAGACAGUGAUUGCAUCACCGCUGUAGACGAAGACAGUGAUUGCAUCACUACAGUACACGGCCGCAGUGAAGGCCUGACCUGCGUCGAAACUUUAAACAAACGUAACUUUGUGCUCGGUUAUCCGAUCGUAGCGAAAUUUUUUUUGAUUCCGCAUAAUUUUUCGAGAUCUUGCAAGCCGCAAAUUUCCGUAGGUGGUUUGAUCCCGCCUUCGUCUCGAAAAUAUGUCGUUUGCUACCCCGAACGAGCCUUUUUUCGAUUUCGUCAAAGUUUGAACAACCAUAACUUUGUGCUCCACAAUCCAAAAAUCAUGAAUUUUUUUUUAUUUCGCAUAACUUUUUAAGGACUACAAUUUUUAGUAGGAGAGAAUUUUCAAAAAAUGAAUUAUUUAUGGAUAUAAGGGGUUUUGGGAAUAACUUUACCUUCCUUUUCAGGAAUCCAAGUACAUUCCGAAAAUAUGUCUAUGAUAAAAAUUGUACUCCUUAAAAAGUUAUGUGAAAUCAAAAAAAAUUCAUGAUUUUCGGAUUGUGGAGCACAAAGUUAUGGUCGUUCAAAGUUUGACGAAAUCGAAAAAAGGCUCGUUCGGGGUAGCAAACAACAUAUUUUCGAGACGAAGGCGGGACCAAACCGCCUACGGCAAUUUGCGGCUUGCAAGAUCUUGAAAAAUUAUGCGGAAUAAAAAAAAAAAUCGCUACAAUCGGAUAACCGAGCACAAAGUUACGUUUUUUUAAAGUUUCGACGCAGGUCAGGCCUUCACCGCGGCCGUGUACUGCAGUGAUGCAAUCACUGUCUUCGUCGACAUCAGUGAUGCAAUCACUGUCUUCGUCGACAGCGGUGAUAGCCCAAACAUGUGUAGAUUGGGAAUUAUUUUCAUAACGUGUGUAUUUUGAGAAUUUUUUUAAAAACAUGUGUAACUUGGUAUUUUUUUUCCAACAUAUUAUGAGUUUAAAAAAAAAAAAAAACUUAAAAUCUGUGUUCUCCCUCUUCCCUGAGCUCCGCCGGCAGCCCAAAUCAGACCCACCGGAAUCAUCUCCGGCUACCACCCCCAAUAAUAGAGACUCUGGAUUUCGUCUUUAUGUAGUGUAGCCAAAGUAAAGAAGCAGGGAUGAGGAGAUUCACAUCACAUAACAUACGGCUCUAUGACUGCGUAGUUGUCAAAAGCAAACCGAAUCAUACCCGCCACAUGGGUGCGUUUGGGUCUCCAGCCAGAGUAGACUCGUCCCACCACCCACCACACAAGCUAUAAUCCACUCUCUCUUCCCUGUCAAUUUUCGUUUAAUAUUAUGGGAUUUCAGUUUCCACUUGUACAACAGUAUAUUAAGUAAGUGGAGAGCAACGAACAUCAUCCACUCUCCUUUUCAUCUUCUCCACCACAGUUCCGCAUCCCUUUCAGCCGACGUCCGCCACUACCCAUCUCUCUUCUUCGCUCACUCCCUACUUCGCCGCCAGUAACGGUCUAUUUCCAUUAUUAAUUGAUUCAUUUCGCUCUCUCUGAGUCGGACUGACCCUCUCUUUCACUUUCCCAACAACGAUGGGUUUCCUUCUCCUUCCCCUGUUUCUGGCCUUCACUCUCUUCUCCCCAAUUCGCGCUCAGCUCCCGGGGACAUGGGAGCUCCUGGUCCCCAACGCCGGGAUCGCCUCCAUGCACACCGCCGUCACCCGAUUCAACACCGUCGUCCUCCUCGACCGCACCAACAUCGGACCUUCCCGCAAGCUCCUCCCCAAACCCCGCUGCCGAAUUGACCCGCACGACGCCGUCUUGAAGCACGACUGCUACGCCCACUCCCUCGUCUUCCACCCACAAACCAACCACCUCCGCCCACUCAUGAUCCUCACCGACACCUGGUGCUCCUCCGGCCAGUUCCUCCCCGACGGCACCCUCCUCCAGACCGGCGGCGACCUCGACGGCUUCAAGAAGAUCCGCAAGUUCAAUCCCUGCGAUUGGGACGGCAAUUGCGACUGGGUCGAGCUCGACGACGCCGAAUUGGCCCACGGCCGCUGGUACGCCACCAAUCAGAUCCUCCCCGACGGCUCCGUCGCAAUCGUCGGCGGGAGAGCCGCCAAUUCGGUCGAGUUCUACCCGCCGCGGCAAAACGGCGCCGUUUCGUUCCCUUUCCUCGUCGAAACGGAGGACAAUCAGAUGGACAAUUUGUACCCUUACGUCCACCUCCUCCCCAACGGCCGUCUCUUCGUCUUCGCCAACAACAGAGCCGUCCUCUACGACCACGAUUCUAACGCCGUGAUCCGAAAUUACCCGCCGUUAGACGGCGGCCCGAGGAAUUACCCUUCCGCCGGGUCGAGCGCCAUGCUGGCGCUCGACGGAGACCACUCCACGGCCGUGAUCGUCGUCUGCGGUGGGGCCCAGUACGGCGCGUUCAUCGAGAAGAGCACCGACACGCCGGCCCACGGAACCUGCGGCCGGAUCGUCGCCACGUCGCCCGACCCGGUUUGGCAGAUGGAGGACAUGCCGUUCGGCCGGAUCAUGGGCGACAUGGUCAUGCUUCCAACCGGCGACGUUUUGAUUAUCAACGGGGCCCAAUCGGGUACUCAAGGGUUCGAAUUAGCUUCCAACCCGUGCCUCUACCCGGUCCUCUACCGGCCCGACCAGCCGGUCGGGCUGCGGUUCAUGACCCUGACUCCAGGUACCGUGCCACGGUUGUACCAUUCCACUGCGAACCUGCUCCCCGACGGGCGGGUCCUGCUCGCGGGGAGCAACCCGCACUACGUGUACAGGUUCGAGACCGUCGAGUUCCCGACCGAGCUCCGGAUCGAGGCGUUCUCGCCCGAGUACCUGGCACCCGACCGGGCGAACCUGCGGCCGGUUAUUGAAGAAAUCCCCGAAACGAUUCGUUACGGGGAGGUUUUCGAGGUUUCGGUUUCGGUUGAGUUGCCGGUCGUGGGGAUUAUUGAGGUCAAUAUGGGGAGCGCGCCGUUUGCGACUCACUCGUUCUCGCAGGGGCAGAGGUUGGUCAAGUUGACGGUGACGCCCAGCGUUCCCGCCGACGCCGGAAGGUACAGGAUCAGCUGUACGGCGCCGGCUAACGGGGCGGUGGCUCCGCCGAGUUACUAUAUGGUUUUCGCGGUGAAUCAGGGGGUGCCGAGUGUGGCGCGGUGGGUGCGGUUGAUUUCUUAGCGGUUUGGUAAAAUGGUAAUUAGGCAGAGAAGAUGAUUUUUUCUGCUUUGUAUGUACGCUUGUUUUUUUCUUGUUUCCUCUCCAACUAAUUUUGUGUUUAAAUUGGGUAAUUAAUCAAAAUGAUUGCAUAGAAGCAUGCUGGAUUGGCUGUUAAGCUGAACUUUUGAUUAUGGCUUUUGUGGGAAGCUGUCUGCAAGUCAAUCAUGGAAUUGGAUGGUGUUUUGUAACGCCAAAGGAAGAUAUAUAAUUAUGAAGGUGGAAUGGAAAUAGUUAAAUGCAACGGCUACUUUUGAUAACUUGUGUCUUGUGGCAAUAUGAGAUGAUGAAAGAUAGGUUACUUGUCAUAGGAUUUUGCUAAAAUACUUCGCAAGAAAAUUUGUUAGAACGUGUUCACUGGAGAGCGUGUGAUCGUCGGGGGUUAUAUUUUGGAGGCUUCACAAUUUUGAGGUGGAUGUGGUGAUAAUUUUAUAAAUAACAUGUCAUCAU